AUGGAGAAGUUCCAUCAGUCUGACCACCUGCUGAUAAAGUCCUGGAGGAUGCCAGUUUCAGUUCCAGCUGCAGACAGAUGGCAGAGAGCCUCAGCAGCAUUUUCUCUUAGUUUUCUCUCUUUAGUCUUCUCUAUCACAGCGUUCAGUAGCAGUUACUGGUGUGAAGGGACGAGAAAAGUUGCCAAAGCUUUCUGUUCAGGACACAGCAAAGGGGACCACUGCAUCCGCUUUAAUAGCCCUGAUGCCAACAACAGCAAUGCUGUGCAGUACAUCUGGGAGACAGGAGAUGACAAGUUUGUUGACCGAAAGUUUCAUGCUGGGAUUUGGUAUUCCUGUGAAGAAAUUAUAAAUGAAGAAGGUGAGAAAUGUAGAAGCUUCAUCAGUCUGACUCCAGCUGCUGAUCGAGGGGUUUUAUGGCUGUCUAUUGUAGCAGAGUUUCUGUACAUUAUUUUGCUUCUGACUGGAGUGAUUCUUAUGUCAGUAGAAAUGUGCUACUACAGGACUGCCAUUGGAGGGCUAAAGAUGAAUGCCUUUUCUGCAGUGAUCACCAUAUUAGCAGGUCUUCUGGGCAUGGUUGCCCACAUGAUGUACACAACUGUAUUUCGAAUGACUGUAAAUCUUGGUCCUGAAGACUGGAGACCUCACACAUGGGAUUAUGGCUGGUCCUACUGCCUCGCAUGGGCUUCCUUCGCUUGCUGUAUGGCUGCAGCUGUCACCACUAUUAACAAAUAUACAAAAACUAUUUUGGAAUUCAAGCACAAAAGAAAAAUGCUGGAAAGGAGUUUAAAGAUUAAAUACAAGUUUCCUGAUCAUACAGCUCCAGAGAAAGCUUGCAAUGUGUAUGUGACCUCUUUGCACAACAGUACAGAAGACCCUGCACAACCAAUAAGAGGCUUGCGUCAACUGGCCACUAUUUCAGUUCUGUAA